UUCGCCGGCGACGCGUUGGCGGCAAGUUAUUCUAGUGUUCAGUCUGAUUCGUUCGUUACAAGAGUCCGCUUGUUCAGAAAACAUCUUCUAUAAUCUAUGAUGGCUCGGUGUGUUGCUUUUACCCUCGCCGCUCUACUGGCUCUGGUCGAAUUCGGAUCAUGCCUGCAGUGCUUCCAGUGUAACUCACAAUCCGAUCCCGCCUGCAAAGACCCCUUCGAUGGAAAGACUGUUGUGGACUGUUCAACACAAGAUUCCAUUAACUACAACCGAGCCUACUUGAGCACGAUUCUCCCCCGGGAACUCAUUGAAGGAGUCACUGGCGCUCCCCGGUACUGCCACAAGAUUGUCUUGGAAAAUGGCUCAGUCGUGCGUACGUGCCUAGACGCCAACCCCACAGCCUUGAAGCAUACCUGCCAGCUCCUAGAAAACGCCGCCAAAGCCGUCCCCAGCGACCCCAGCAAGCAAAUCAAGCACUGCAGCGUUUGCGACAAGGACCGCUGCAACGGAGCUGGAUCCAUCGCUGCAUCCGCUCCAUUGGCCAUCCUAGCUCUUAUUGCAACUUAUCUUUACACCAAGCAUUAAUAGCAUAACAAAUCAGCAAGCAACCAUGUGCGCUUAAGCUUGAAGUUGACAUUACGUUACAAAAUCACGAAAAUCACGAGCACUCGCUUAAAAAAGUGCCAAAAUUGAAUUUUAAACGUCCAAUUCAAAAAAUGCAUCGCCUUUGAAUUUCAUGGACCGUCCAAUGUCGUUUUUGCUUGUUGAAAUUUUUGUAAUCUAUAAGUAAUAGAUAUAACAUUAAUUAAUUAAUUAUUUAAGGAGUUAUUUCCAAUUGAGUUUUCCAACAAAUUUUAUGGUUAAAUUAAUAUGUAUGAUUUCGUUAUUUGUACUUAGGAACCUGAAGAUGUUACCAUAUUUAUUAUUCCAUAUUUUUUGUAAUAUACGUGUUGUAAUAUAUUGUUGAA